AUGGAGAGUCGCAAUGGUGUAAGUAGAGGACCAAGUGGAGCUCAUGCAGUUUCGCGGUGGAGCCCUACGAAAGAGCAAACAGCAAUGUUGGAGAACCUUUACAAACAGGGAAUAAGGACUCCCAAUACUGAGCAGAUACAAGAGAUUACCUCUAGACUCAGGGCUUAUGGUCACAUCCAGGGAAAGAAUGUAUUUUACUGGUUUCAGAAUCACAAAGCACGCCAAAGACAGAAGCUGAAGCAGAAACAACAAAACAUUUCAUACUCUAAUAACUUUCUUCUUGCGUCGCACCCCAUUUGCCAAAAUGUUGCCUGCGCCCCGUAUUGUUCGCAACACAGUGGAAUCAGCUUUUAUUCUCAACAAGCAAAGAUUUUUGCAGCUGGAGGAAAUGGGUCAAGAAUUGAGACAGCUAUGCCCUUUGGGAUGCCGAAACAAUUGCAACAACCGGAUUAUAACUACACCAUCAGAAGCAGCAAAACCUUAACUCUCUUUCCUCUUCAUCCAACAGGCAUUUUGGAAGAAAAAACUGCUAAUCAAGUGUCUCCAUCACAUUCUUCAAUUUCUGUCGAUGUCACUGAUACAUCUUAUGGUUCUCUUGGUGUUGAUAAAUAUGGCCAUCCUUAA